AUGCCACCCCAUACCACGAUACAUUAUACCAUGCCCCCUAAUACAACAAAUUCAAAGUCUACAGCAACGACAGCCAAUAUCGGCACAACUCAGAUGAAUACCAAUAAUAAGUCUACUUCCACGCCUAAAACAUCAUCUCGACAAAGGAGAGCAACCUCUGCGUCAUCUUAUGUUUUUGCUCCUAGCUGGUUAACAAAUUUAAGUAAUAAAUCUGGAUCUUCCACAACGGUGUUAAGUCCAGCUAAUGCACCGGCAACUGAGGGAAAAUCCGUAAAGGAGGAGGUGAAGGGGUGGGGUACGUCAAAGAAGGAUGGACUUGGUAGUAUUCGGCAGACCAGGGAAGGUUUAGGGAAAGAUGGUAGCACUUCUCUUAAUCGUUUAUCAGCUAAUGGGAUAUCGCCACUUUCUUCAACUCGAUCAAAGUCGCGAGAUUUAUCAAGUUCUCGCUUAUCCGUUUUAAGUGAAGUAGAAAAACGUGAGCCAACCUUAGCGAAAAAAAAGGAAUUUAACUUGUCUGUAGACCUUCCAGCGAAGAAUGUUGAAAACAUUUGGGCAAAGUCAGACACAAAAUCAAAGUUACUUUCGCCUACUUCUACCACGCCUGGUACUGAGGAAUCUACGAAAUUCUUUAUUCCUAAUAUAGAUGAUGAACCGGAAUUAGAGAGACGUAUGUCCUUGGUACCAAAGGUAGAAAGUGGUAAAUUAGAUGGGAAGAGAACCAAACACACCAUGAAACGCAAAACUAGCCGGUCUUUGUCAGUAGAUAGCGUUGCUCGAGGUCCCAACGGAAGCUCGGUUUUUGGAUUUGGUGUAGGGAUUGGUAUAUCGAAUGGUCGAUCUCUUGGACAAACGCAGAAUGCCAGACCUUAUCUUAGAGAGACCGUGGCGACCAAACCUACCAACACUCAGCCUCAAAGGCAAAGGUCUGCAUCCAUCUCAACUUCGAAGACAUCAACUGCGACAUCUCGUAUCGGUAAUUUUGGUCAGUCAUCGAUAACGGGGAGGAGAUUGAGUGUGAGUGGUAAUUCAAAGUAUUUAUGGAGUAAUACUACCAUGGGAAAAAUGGGAUAUUUUAAAAUUUUUCCUGAGGAGGAAGAAGAUGAUGAAGGACUCUUGAAUGAUAGAAAGGAAAAUGUUAAUCCAAUGAAUGAUUGUGAUCAUAUCGAAGAAGAGGAUGAGGAAGAGGUUGACAAUAUUAGUAGUGAUUUAACGAUCAAAGAUAUAAGUGAUGAGAAAACGGCAGGUAUAGAUGUAAAAAAUAAUCAUUACUCUGAUAUCUCAACUUCAUCAUCCGUUGAACGUGAGGAAAGGUUUCUUCUUCAGUUGGGAUGGCAAAAACCAUAUAAUGUAGAUGGCUGCGAUAGUGAUGAAUGGGCCAUUACAGAAGAAGAAAAACGAUGUUUUGUGAAUUUUGUCCGAGCCUUGAACGGGUUUUCUGUUUUAGAAAAAAAUGAUGCCAGUAUCAGUGACGAAUUAUCUUAUAGUGAGAUUAACCGAGCCAAGAAAAAAUGGAUUGCGAUAAUAAAAUAUAUGAAGACGACAAAUGGAGUAGAUAAAAAUUGA